AUGCGCCGCGCCAUCUCCUCCUCGCUCACCCGCUGUGCCGGCGCUGCCGGCGUGACGUCGGCCCUGCUGCAGCUUCCGCAGCACCGCCUCCAGUCGCAGGCACCGCCUGGUGGGCUGCAGCAGGGCUGUCAGCAAGCCCCGAAAGCCGCUCAUGCCGGGCACGAGCACAGCCACCACCCGGAACCAGAGGUCGAGCCGCCAAGGAAGCCGACGGAGGUGCCCAAGUUUGUGAGGAUCGACACGAGUGACAAGGGCAUCACGAACGUGCAGCUGGCCCGUCCCCCGGUGAACCCGCUGAGCCUGGAGUUCUUCCAGGAACUCAACCAGUGGAUGCUGUGGCUUGGCAGCAACGAGGAGACGAAGGCUGUAGUCAUCUCUUCUGCGAUUCCGACAGUCUACUCAGCCGGACUCGACCUCGCCGAGGUACACAACCCGAACCCUGAGCGCAUGUCUGGCUUCUGGCAGAGCUUCCAGGAGAUGUGGCUGAUCUUCAACUCUUUUCCCAAGCCGAUCAUCGCGGCCAUUACGGGCAACGCACCGGCGGCGGGAUGCAUCAUCGCGAUGGGUUGCGACUACCGCGUCAUGGCUCGCGGACCGAAGGACACCACGAAAAUCAACCGUCUGUACCGCAUCGGCCUUAACGAGACGAAGCUAGGACUUGUCGCCCCGCCAUGGACGGUGCCAGCGUACUGCCACCUUCUGGGCUCACGCCAGGCGGAGCGGAUGCUGCAGCUGGGUGAGACACCCUUGGCUGAUGAUGCCCACAAGCUCGGGUUGAUUGACGAGGUGGCUCCCGAUGAGGAGCAGACGAUCGAAGUCGCCUACAAGCAGGCGGAACGCUUCCUCAGCGUGCCACAGAAGCCCCGUUUGAUGUCGCGUGAACUGGUUCGCCGUGAGUACCUGCAGAUGCUUGCCUCCGAUAAAGACCGGAAGCGCGAUACGGACGCAUUUAUGAAAAUGGUGCUCAACCCUGAGGUGCAACACAACCUGGAGCGCUACCUGCAGCGCCUCAAGAGCCGCUCUCGUAAGUAA